UGGUGCAUCUGUGGAGCUGACCUUCCUACCUAUGAGCUAGGAUAAAAAGCUUGGGGAAGGAGAAUUAAAAGACCCGUAGAAGAUCCAGAGGACAGCAUGGCCGCCACUGCUGCUGUCAGCCCCAGCGAAUACUUACAGCCUGCUGCCUCCACAGCUCAGGAUUCUCAGCCAUCUCCGCUAGCCUUGCUUGCAGCUACAUGUAGCAAAAUCGGUCCUCCAGCUGUAGAAGCAGCCGUUGCCUCUCCUGCCCCUCCUCAGCCUACGCCUCGGAAACUCGUCCCCAUCAAGCCUGCUCCGCUCCCGCUGAGUUCCAGCAAGAACAGCAUUGGGAUCUUGUCAUCGAAAGGGAACCUCUUCCAAAUUCAGGGCUCUCAGCUCGGGACAUCAUAUCCUGGUGGGCAGCUGGUGUUCACCAUCCAGAACCCAGCUGUGAUCAACAAAGGGGCCCGUUCGCCUGCCAACAUCCAAUACCAGGCAGUUCCGCAGAUCCAAACGGCAUCCGGGCAGACUAUUCAAGUGCAGCAGAACUUGGGCAACCAAAUACAGAUUAUUCCCAGUACCAUCACCCCUUCCUCCUCUUCCUCUUCAUCAUCGUCGUCGUCUUCUUCCGCUCAUAAGCCUGUGCCCAUCAAGCCAGCGCCAGCUCACAAGACCCCGCCAACAGCUGUCCACAACGCAAGCAAUGUUGUCAAAUUAACUGGCACCGGCGGUAACGUCACCCUUACUCUGCCAGUGAGCAACCUAGUGAGUGCCGGAGACACCAGUGGUCAGACUCAGAUCGUCCCAGACAGCCCCUCGAAACCAAGCAAAAAGGCCCGGAAGAAAGCGGUCUCGCCAGCCCAGACGGCUGCAAUGGCUGUGACGGAGCAAGUGGAGACAGUCUUGAUAGAGACCACGGCUGACAAUAUCAUCCAGGCAGGGAACAACCUGUUGAUCGUGCAGAGUCCUGGCUCUGGCCAGCCAGCAGUGGUCCAGCAGGUGCAAGUGGUCCAACCCAAACAAGAACAGCAGGUCGUUCAGAUUCCCCAGCAAGCUCUGCGGGUUGUCCAGGCAGCAUCAGCCACGCUCCCAACAGUUCCUCAGAAGUCCCCACAAAACUUCCAGAUCCAGACAACUGAGCCGAUUCCCACUCAGGUCUAUUUUAAGACGCCUUCUGGUGAGCUACAGACAGUGCUACUCCAGGAAGCCCCAGGCGUAACUGUGGCCCCUUCCCCGACUGCCUCCUCUGCCACCACCUGCAGCAGCCCUGUACCCCGCAGUUCCCAAACAGGAGGAAGUACCAAAAAGACAGGGGCCCGCAAAGAGCGGGCCCUGCCAAAGAUUGCCCCUGCUGGAGGCAUUAUCAGCCUCAACGCGGCUCAGCUCGCGGCCGCUGCUCAAGCAAUGCAGACCAUCAGCAUCAAUGGGGUGCAAGUUCAAGGCGUUCCUGUCACCAUCACCAACACUGGAGGCCAGCAACAGCUGACAGUGCAAAACGUCUCUGGCAACAACCUGACCAUCAGCGGCCUGAGCCCCACCCAGAUCCAGCUGCAGAUGGAGCAGGCGCUCUUAGGGGACUUGCAGCCUGGGGAGAAGAGGCGGCGGAUGGCUUGCACCUGCCCGAAUUGCAAGGAUGGCGAGAAGAGGUUGGGGGAGCAGGGGAAGAAGAGGCACAUCUGCCACGUGCCCGAAUGUGGCAAGACCUUCCGCAAGACCUCCUUGCUGCGAGCCCAUGUGCGCCUACACACCGGCGAGCGCCCCUUUGUCUGCAACUGGGUCUUUUGCGGGAAGCGAUUCACGCGCAGCGAUGAGCUGCAACGGCACGCCCGGACACAUACAGGUGACAAGCGUUUUGAGUGUGCCCAGUGCCAAAAGCGCUUCAUUAGAAGUGAUCAUCUGACGAAGCACUAUAAAACCCACCUGGUCACCAAGAACUUGUAGGGCUGGAUGCAACUGGGAAAAGCAGGGGAGCAGUGUGGGUGUUGAUGACGCCUUGCCGUGAGGGAUGGUUUCUGCAAAGGACAGAAAAAUGCCCAAGUAACACUCCUGACUGGGACAUCGGCUUUCCCAGACACAUCUGCACACUGUUCCUUCCGUCAAACGGCCUCCCACCUUCUGGCACACUCCUUUAGAACUUCCUGGAAGGUGCAUCAGAUGCUGUGGCUUCAGCCUGGAUGAAGAAGGAGCAACAUCACUUCCAAGUGAAUUAGCUAAAGUCAGCACAAAGCCCAGCAGCGGGCAGGGAAUGGAUGGGGGGAAAGCAAGGCAAAGCCCAUCCACCUACCAUCUGGCCUCAGGAGCCCGCAAAGCCAAUGCCCUGCUCCGUUGCACCAAAGGGCCUCCUUGUGUGUUUGGUAGUAGCACCAGCGAAACUGUUUCCCAAUCGUAAUCUUGGUUCCCUCUUCCCACCCACCCCCAUGUGCUCGUGAAGCUUUCGAACGGGGGGGGGGGGCAGGGAAGCCACCCGAAACGGGACUCUCUGUGUCCCCCCAGCACAUUCCUACUUUAUAUUUAAAAUUAUAAAUAUCUAUAAAUAUAUAUCUAUAUAUAAAAAAACUCCUUAGGAAGCCCCCAUUUUUUCUACGGAGAACGUUGCCUUAUAUUUUGUCCCCCAAGUUUCAAAUUAUGUAUUGUGAGCGUUUUUUUUUAAUUUAAUGAUUCCUCCCCCCCCCCUUUUUUUUUAAAGCAAGAAAAUCCCCCUGCCCCACCUAAAGAUACAGACACAGCUCAAGGUCCCUGUGCUACUGCAGAGCUUUGUACCCACACAGUGCCAUUUACGGAUCUAUGAACUAGGGCUUGCUCUGUGUAUGCACAGGGGGUUCUGGGAUGUGUGUGGCAGCAGCACUUUGUUCAGGGGACUGGAGAAUGUCCAUAGGUGAACCGUUGGACCACAGCAUGUGCCCUGAUCCAGACCACUACAGCUGCAGCAGAAAUCUGCACAAACAAACGUGAGGUGCAUGGAGAACCCUCUGGGGUAUAGCAUGCAAUUCUGCAUUGCUUGGUUCAGUCGGUUUCUGUGCAUCUGGUGAUGCAGCUCCACAAGUGGAAAUGGAUCGCUUUCACACAAGUGGGGUGAUAGGCUGCAAUCCAAGGCAAGAUUGCACUUCAAGCCCUGUUGAAGUCAGCUGAUGAAUUGUGUUGAAAUGCAAGAUUUUUUCCCCCCAGAAUUGGAGCUCUUUCCCCUCACUUUUUUCCUCUCCAUUGGAUUGUUUUCCAAGUGAACAGGUGUUAUUCCUUCUCCUCUUCCCCCUUUUAAAAAUCCCCUGAUACAGCCCCGUCUUUGUAUUAUAGUGUACAUUGUAUCAUAGACUAUAUAUUGCGUUAUGUGUUUCCUACAUGUUUCAAAAACAUACGGCUUGUUAUUUUUGAGCUUUUAAAUUAAAAAAAAAUCACUUUAUUUUUUAGUUGUAACUGCUUGAAGUAUGUUUUUCUUUAAGUGGUGAGCCCUUCCUGUUCGUUCUUAAUUAAUGCUGUAACUUGGCUGGGCACCUUGGCCCAGGAGGGAUUGGGGAGGGAGAGAACGAUCACAUUUCUUGGUAAAUAAACUUGUCAGAAGCAAACCCCAGCCCACCCCCAGUUUGGGAAGACAGGAUUGUUUUGCUAUGUGUGGAGAAUGGACCAUUUAAAUGGCUUGUUGAGAGGUGCUGGAGUGGUGUUUGACACCCGCCCGAGGCAUUUUCACACUUCAUGCUGAGAUUGAUUUGUGAUGAAAAUAUAAACCUUAGUUGGCUAGAAUGUACAUUUUGAUUUUAAGAUUCUCUCUCCUCCCCCCCCCCCAUACUUGCUUUAUGUGCAACAUUAACAAUAUUCACAAACACACACACUUUCUAAUCUCAUGUAUGAAAAUGACCUGUGGGCAGCUGUAUACAUAACAUAGGAACAUGCAGUGCUGGUGUGUUUAAAAUGUUGAGCAUGUUGCUGUUGUGCUAUACGCACAGUGGAAGGGGCACACCGUCACAGAGAUGCCAUUUCAGGCUGUCCCUGCCUAAAAAAAUGUAAAACAACCCUUUGUGUGUGGUCAAACUGCUUAUACAUCCAGGAUUCAUAUUAGAGGCUCUUCCUCUGGGCACAAGCAUGAGUCUCACUGAAAUAUAAGGAAGCUGUCCAAGAGCCUGGUAUUUCAAUGGGACUUGCACAGGAAAACUUCCCAGUAGAUUGCGCCUUAUAUAUUAUAUGCACAUGUUAGCUGACCAGAAGCCAACUAAUCUUCCAGUUUCUUCUGUGUGUGGGCUCAGAAUAUAGAUAACUCCACCCACCAAGCACAAUCUCUGUCCUGUUGCCCUCGUGAAGUUAGUAACUCAUAUGUUCCUACCCAUUCUAUCCUUCCACCAUCUUGGGAGGGGGGGGGGAGACCAUUUUGAGAGGUAGGCAGGAAAGAGAAAUAAAUGAACACAUAUUGUUACACUC